AUGAUUGGUCAAUAUUUGUCGAGUACACAUUAUUCAUGUGAUCAUGAUGAUGAUGAUGAUGAUGAUGAUGACGAUGACCAUGUUAAUAAUGAUAACGCUCAAGUAUUACCGAAACAUUUACGUGAUCAAGGUCAAUUCACUGAUAUCAAUACCUUUGAUCACGCAACUACAUUUCAAUCAGAUAUAUUGAAUGAUUUGCAACAUUUAAAAUUGAAUAAUUUAAAAACCGCCGAACAUAAAUCAUCAUCAAACAAUAAUGAUGAAUUAAUCGAUAGAGAUUCAAUCACUCAACAAUGUAUUGCACCUUUAUCAAUUGGUGAAUCAUUACAGCCUUCAUCAUCUACAAAUUCUUUGGCAUCAUCACUUGACUCGAACACAUCACUUUCUACAUGGAAUUCUUCUGAGGCUUAUUCAUAUCUCCCUGAUAAAUCAGAAGAACAUUAUUAUUCCCAGUUGAAUUCCAAUUCAAACAACAGAUCAAUUCAUUCACUCAACAAUACAAAUCAAUUGAAAUUUGAAAAAAAUUCAUUAUUAAAAAGUCAAGAACAAUUACACCAUUCAAAUCAUGCGAAUAAAUUCAAUUGGUCAAGUGAUUUACCGCAAAAAUCAAAAAAAGUUGGUCAACAUAUUAAGAAAUUUCUUCAUAGAUUAAUGACUAAUUCUAAAAGUCAUAUAGCAGAACAAAUUAAUUUAUUUUUAGAAUGUACAAAAGCAAGCAGUGAUCGUGGUCCAUAUAGAACAAUGCAAUCAUGUAUGCCUUGUUCUACGAUUGAAUUCAUUAAUCCUAAUGAAGAUGUAGAUUUAGAUAGUGGAAUUAGGGAACAAGGAGUCAAUACUCGUAUUUAUUGGAAUACCGAUUUUAGUAAUUUACAAAUUAAAGUUCACAAGUUAUGUGAUCCACAAAUUCAAGCAUCAGAUCUUGGAAUACAGGCAUUAAUUGCACCGCCCAACGAAUCUCUUAUACAAUAUGUGAUCCAUGUUUAUACAUAUUUAACAAACACUUAUUCAGUUCAACGGAAAAUUAAUUAUCUUGUCAAUAUAUUUAAUUAUAUACGAAAAAGUAUAUACAAUGUCGAAUCGGGUGAAGAAUUCGAUGCCAAUACAUUAAGUAUUGAAGAUCUUCAAGCUUACUAUGCUUGGGUGUUUGCACGAUCUGGCCUUCUCGCUACAAUACCAAAUGCAACAGACAAUCAUGAUUUGCGAUUACAGACUAAUUCACUUACAAAUAAUAAUAAUAAUAGUAACAGUAAUAAUACAAAUCAAUCAAUCAUCUGUCCAAUUGCAUUACAAGCGGAUUAUUUAGAUGGAGUUUUAAAUACCCCAUUGUUAAAUGAUCAAGCUACAGGAUUGAAUGAUUUAUUCGGUACAUUAUAUUGGAUAUGGAAUGAUAAAAAUGCACUACAUCAAUCUACUAGUCCAUUAUUAUUGACACAGAAAAAAUUUCCAUCUACGGAAAAACAAAAUUCUGUAUUAUAUUCAAAGAAUAAACAAGGAUCGCAAUUUUUUGUAAAUUUUAAUCGUUUGUUUGUUUAUUCUUCUCAUUAUUUGAAAGAAAUUCAUUUGGAAGAUGAAUUACGAAUCGCAGAAUUUACUAGUUUAAAUUCAGAUAUGUCCUAUUCACUGCAUCUACUUCCAACAAUAACAACAAUAACAACAACAAAUACAAAAUCAAUAAACAUACCAUUAUCACGUUCACGAGCUGGUACACCAAAUCCAAUAAAAGAUCAGGAUACACAUCCAUGCAAAAGUCAUACUUCGAUUAGUUCACGUUCUGAUUCCACUAAUACUACUACUACUACUAGUAGUUCAUCUGAAUUACGAUCGAAAGCAAUAUUAUCACGUCAAUUAGGAAAAUCUAAUCGAAAUCGUACUGUAUGGUGGACUAUGUGUGGAUCAAAUGGUCAGACAAAGAAUCAACUGGAUGAAUCAAUGCCAGAUUCAGAUUGUAAAAACACUAUAGAAUAUCAUGAAAAUCUUACUUCACAUAAACCUAUACUAGUUUAUAAACGUAAAUCUGGUUAUUUUGCCUUAUCUGAUCGUCUAUUAGGAUUAGAAUUAAAAUCUACUCAACCGCAGAAUUCAGAAGCAUUUCCUUCUGACCAACCCCCCACCCAAUAGUGUAAAAUAAAUCAAAAACAGGUUUUUACCAAGUUUAAAAUUUCAAAACAACUCUGUUUAAUCUUGGCUUUCAAACAUUUUCAUCUCACUUAUGACAAUAUGACAAAUAUUUUAUUGAAAUGUUUAUACUACUUAUAAAAGAAUUUAUUAGUAAAGCUGCUAUUACAAAAACAAAAUACAUUUUUUUUUCAAAAAAUGAAAAUGAUUUCAACAAUGUCAUGCAUUUAAUAUUUAAUUGUGUACCAGAUAUUUCUUAUUUAUUGUUUUGUAAUAAUUGAUUAAAAAUUCAAAAAAAAAGUAUUUUCAUAAAUUGCUCCAGUAGAUAGAUGUUACAUGAGUAAA